GAGAAACCACAAUCCCACAGGUGUUCCCUGGAGAAGUUGAUACACCUGACAGGUGCUUGCCCUGGGAAGGGGCCCAAGCAUAGCACCUGCUAUAAUCUUAUGCAUUGUUACCUGCCUCCUUGCACCAGAUUGGAAACUUCUCUCUGAAGCAUCAGUUAAACUGUGUCUACCACAUAGAAGAAUCUGCCAGACUCACCCACUGAGAUGUCAUUGGAGAAAAUGAGAGACCUCCACCUGGAAGAAAAAUACCUGGAAACCAAGAACGUGAACAGCAUCCUCAUGACCAAGCUGAUCAGCGACAACUGGGACAAGAUCUGGAACUUCCAGGCAAAGCCAGAUGACCUCCUCAUUGCAACCUAUGCAAAGGCAGAAACAGAGUGGAGCAAAGAGAUUGUGGACAUGAUCCAGAAUGAUGGGGAUGUGCUCAUGUGCCAGCGUGCCAACACAUUCGACAGGCACCCCUUCAUCGAGUGAAAGACACCAAACUUCUGCCCAGGUCUGGAUCUAGCAAAUGAGAUGCCAUCCCCCAGGAUGCUGAAGACCCACCUGCCUGCCCAGCUGUUGCCACCCUCCUUCUGGAAGGAAAACUGCAAGAUCAUCUAUGUGGCGAGAAACGCCAAGGACUGCCUGGUGUCCUACUACCAUUUCUCCAGGAUGAACAAGAUGGUGCCUGACCCUGGCACAUGGGAGGAGUACAUCGAGGCCUUCAAAGCUGGAAAAGUGCUGUGGGGCUCCUGGUAUGACCAUGUGAAGGGCUGGUGGGCCGAGAAGGAUCAGCACCGCAUCCUCUACCUUUUCUAUGAGGACAUGAAGGAGGAUCCAAAGAGGGAAAUCCAGAAGAUACUGAAGUUCCUGGAGAAAGACAUAACAGAAGAAGUUCUGAAUAAGAUCAUCUAUCACACCUCCUUCGACGUAAUGAAGCACAACCCAAUGGCCAACUACACCACCCUCCCCACCAGCAUCAUGGACCACUCCAUCUCCCCUUUCAUGAGGAAAGGGAUGCCUGGGGACUGGAAGAACCACUUUACUGUGGCACAAAGUGAAGAAUUUGACAAGGACUACCAGAAGAAGAUGGCGGGGAGCACCCUGACCUUCCGCACAGAGAUCUGA